AAUGACGGCGGCGCGGAGGCGGGCGGUGGAGCCCCGCCGGCCAAUAGGACGCGGGGGGGCGGGGCGCGGCCGCCGUUACCGUCUGGCGCAGGAGGCGGCGGCGGGGCCGCCAUCAUGAGCUACUCAGGUUAUGGAGAGUGGAACUCUGGGACAAACAGAGGGUACGAGGGCUACAGCUAUGGCUACGGCUACGGGCAGGACAACUCGGGCAACUACGGCUACGGCAUGGCCACCUCCAACUCGUGGGAGAUGGGCGGCUCGGACGUGGACAUGAACCCCGACGGCUCCAGCGACGCCGUCAUCGCCAAGAUGAACCAGCGCCUGGACGUGGGGCCGCCCCUGGACGCGGACACGAUGCAGGGAGGGCACUACGGCUCGGGGGGGGACAGGUACGACUCGUACGAGUCCUACGACUCGCGGUCCUCCAUGAACGACCGCGACCUCUACCGAGCCGGCUACGACUACAACGAGGCCGAGCACGACAACGACAGCGCCUACGACGGGCACUACGACGGCCCCUACGACGGGCACUACGAAGGGCACUACGACAGCUUCUACGGGAACCGCAGGGACCAGUACCAGAACAGGGCGCGGGACAACUUCGGCCAGCGGGGUCAGAACUGGGCGCGCGACGGGCGCAAUAACAGACCCCCGGCCUCGUCCUACUCCGGGCGCAUGGGCGGACAGUGGAACGAGCCCCCGCAGGGCAUGGGGGCGCGGGGCCUCGGCCCCCACGGCUCCUCCCGGCUCCCCUCCCUCUUCUCCCACAACAUCAUCCCCGAGCUCGGCAUGUUCCAGGGCAUGCGAGGCUUCUCGGGGAACAUGCGCUUCGGGGGAGGCAUGAUGAAACAGCGCAUGAGGAGGAACUGGAAGAUGUGGGACUCGGACUUCAAACAGCAAAAGAAGAAAAUGAAGAAGGACCCCACCGGGAAGAAGCGGAAGCAAACCAACAGCUCCGAGGAACCCGACAGCAAGGCGGCAAAGACGGACGGCUCCGAUAACUCCGACUCUGACAAUGAGGAGGGAACCGAAGGAGAAUCGGGAGAAAAAGAGGAGAAAGAGGGUUCCAGAGGUGAGGGGGAAGACGAUGAAGGAAGAGACUCUGAGAAAGGUGCUUUAACAAUUCAAGAAGAGAUCAGUCAAAUCAAACGCAAAUUGCAGGCGGGCAAGAAAACUCAAGAGAGGCAAAAGAAGAGGCAUCGGGAUCGUAUGGUAGAAAGCUGUCUCAACAGGAUCCAGUUUGUUUGUUCCCUAUGCAAGUACCGGACCUUCUACGACGAUGAGAUGAACAGCCACCUCGAGAGUAAAUUCCACAAGGAACACUUCAAGUUUGUCGGAACCAAACUGCCUCAACAGACAGCAGACUUUCUCCAGGAAUACGUUGCUAAUAAAACUAGGAAAACUGAAGAGCGCCGUAAAGCAAUCGAAGACAUUAAUGCAGUUAUUCAGCAGAUUUACAGGGACCAAGAUCUUACGCAAGAUGUUGGCAUGGAGCAUUUUAUUAAGAAGGUGGAGGCUGCUCACUGUGCUGCUUGUGACCUCUUCAUCCCGAUGCAGUACGGCAUCAUCCAGAAGCACCUGAAGUCUCUCGACCACAACCACAACCGCAGGGCCAUGAUGGAGCAGUCCAAGAAAUCCUCGCUCGUAGUUGCGAGAAGCAUUCUGAACAACAAACUCAUCAGCAAGAAACUGGAGCGGUACCUGAAGGGCGAGAAUCCUUUCACAGAUGAUCUGGAAGAAAAAGAGGAGCACGAGGAAGGAGAAGGGGGAACCAGCGGAAACGCAGAGGAAGGGACAGCGGAAGGAACAGAUGAAAACAAGGAUGAUGAAGAGAAUCUGGAGGAGGAAAAUCUAGAUGGCGAAAACAAGGAGGAGGAAAAUCUGGAUGGUGAGAACAAGGAGGAAAAUCUAGACGGUGAAAACAAGGAUCCUGGGGAGAACCCAGAAGCAGAAGGAGCUAAAAUUGAGGAGGAGCAAGAAGAAAUGGGGCCAGAAACAGAAACUGAGGCACAGCCCCAAGCACAAACAGAGGUGGAGGCAGGAGCAGAAAACACAGAGGAGACCUCGCAACCCACAGAGGAAUCCGUCCACGAGGAAGAGGAGCAGCAGCCAGAAGGUGGGAAGGUAGAAGACGAGGACAAAGAAAGCGAGGAAGCUGCUGCUGCAGAGGAUGAGGAUGCUGAAUAAGUACAAUGUUGGAUGGGAAAGCUGAUGUGUAAAAGACCUGACAUCUUUUUUAAAAAAAAAUUAAAAAAGCAUAACUGUAUCUGUGAAUUUCAUAGCACAUUUUGCGUUACCAUUCUACUAAACUCACUUAGGGCAGUGGAAGCCUUUACCUGUAAAGUGUUUUUGGAAAAUAGAUUUAUUUUUUUUUUUUUACCAAAUCUUCAUUUUAGUAGCUAGGUUUUGUGCAGUCUCUGUUUUUUAGAUGGCUUUGUACUAGGAGAAUUUCCUUUGAGCAUGUGUACAAACCAGUGCUACGUCACAAUCUGGCAAAUGAAAUCUCUUCCCCUUGAAACUUUUGGAUAUUUAACGAAUAUACAAAGCGGUUUGUCCCCGUAGGCUGUCUGUCUGGACCCAGACUUCGGAUGUUUCCAGGGUUUUAAUUUCUGCCGUGUACGCUGUAAGGUUCUGCAUAACCUCCAUGUGACUGUAAUAAUUCCUCCCGGUGUUUUAAUGCAGAGCUAAGUGGUGUCGAUGUCGUGGUGUUUGUAAAAAUGCUUUCAUUUUGAGGUGGAUGUUUUGGUGGGUGGAGAUAAAGGACUACCCUGAGCCGA